AUGCCGCCCGACGCGGAGCCCAGUCCCGAUGCCCUGGACGCAGUGGACUACGACCCGAUCGACCACCUCAACGCCAUUUUCGCCCAUCCUUCCUCUCUAUCGUCCGUCGCCCAGAUCUCCAGCGCCCUUCACACAUACGAAAAUGAAUUGGACGAUGACAUCGGUACGCUCGUGGAGACCCAGGUCACCUCCAACGCGGAGAGCGUGGAGCGCAUCCAGACAGCCAAGGCGGACCUGUCCGAGCUGUUCAAGAAGAUAGACGAUGUGCGAGAACGCGCAUCCAAAACGGAGCAAUCCAUUACGGACAUGACCGCCGACAUCAAGCAAUUGGACAAUGCGAAGCAGAACCUCACUCUGUCCAUGACGGCGCUGAAGCGGCUGCAGAUGUUGACGACCGCGUACGACCAGCUACAGGCUCUCAGCCGGACACGCCAGUAUCGCGAGUGUGCGCAGCUGCUUCAGGCGGUCAUCCAGCUGAUGGCGCAUUUCAAGUCAUACCGAUCCAUCGACCAGAUUGCCAUCCUGAGCAAGAAUGUGGCGGACAUACAACGGCAAUUGCUGGAGCAAGUCUGCGAGGACUUUGAGCUGGCUUUCUCCAAGAACGAUGUGACUCAGAAGCGGGGGAUCUUGUCGGAGGCGUGUCAGGUCGUGGACGCUCUAGGCGAGCAUGCGCGGUCUCGGUUGGUAACCUGGUACUGCAACACCCAGCUACGCGAGUACCGGCAGGUCUUCCGGAAUAAUGAAGAGGCAGGCUCCUUGGACAACAUCUCUCGCAGAUACGCGUGGUUUCGGCGCAUAUUGAAGAUCUAUGACGAGGAGAAUGCGGCCAUCUUUCCGACCUCCUGGCGGGUCAAUGAGAUUCUGGCCAAUGUCUUCUGUGAAGGCACGCGCGACGAUUACAAGGGCAUUCUCUCCAGGUCUGUGCGCAGCGGCCAAACCAUUGAUGUCAAUCUCCUGCUCUCAUGUCUGCAGGAAACACUAGACUUCGAGCAUUCACUUGAACGUCGCUUUGCUCCUCCGACACGACAAUCCACCGACACCUUCGCCUCAAAUGAGGCUCCUGUGUUCAGUCAAUCCAUCUCUGAAGCCUUUGAGCCCUAUCUCAGUGUCUGGGUUGAGGCUCAGGACAAGCAGCUGGCUGCACUGCUGCCCAAGUAUCGACAGCAGCCCCUGAGACCCAUCGAUGAAGAGUUUGACUCGCACACGGUGAUCCCAUCAUCCACUGAACUCUUCGCAUUCUACAGGCAUUCCUUGCAGCAAUGUGCCAAGCUCUCAACAGGGAACAGUCUAGCGGAGCUGGCAAAGGUGUUCGCCAAGUAUCUAGAUCAGUACGCACAGCAGGUUCUUCUCAACUAUAUAAGUGAGCGGCCCUCGGCUCAUACACCAUCAAAAACGCCAUCAGAGGAAGACCUUAUCUCGGUUCUCAAUACCGCCGACUACUGCUACACGACGUGCACCCAAUUAGAAGAGAAAAUCAAGGGAAGACUCGAUGAUACCGUCAAGCAGAGCGUGGACCUACAGAGUCAGGCCGACUCCUUCAUGGGGAUCGCUUCGGCUGCUGUUCGAGGCCUUGUGCGGAAGGUGGAACUUGACCUGGAAUCUUGCUGGCGGGAAAUGCGCAAUACGCCAUGGAGCAGAAUGGAGGCUGUCAGUGACCAGAGCUCCUAUGUGGGCGAGCUUCUUUCACGGACGAAGACAAGGGCGUCGGAGAUCACACAGCUGUUGCACAAGCAGCAAUAUGCGAGGGCUUUCGCCGAUCAUCUGGUCGAGCUCAUAUCGAGCUUGUUCAUCAGCAAUGUCUUCCAGUGCAAGCCUGUCUCAGAAACGGGUGCAGAACAGGUAAAUUCCUUUCCAUAUCGCUAUUUUUAA